UUGCUAUAAUAAUCGAACAAUCAUACUACUUCCAUCCUCUGGCCCGGAAAAGUGCAAGUGCCUGAAUUUAUUUGAUUAAAGUCGUUUCUGAGCGCGAGACUUCAUUUCCGAUUGUCUGUAAGGCCGGCACGAGAAUAGCACGAAACACAUGCAAAGAUGCGCAGCUCCGAUAGAUCUAUAAGAUAAGACGAUUCGUACUCCGCACAUCUGUGCCGAAUACAAUAGCUUAGAUAUAGAGUAGAUGUGUGCCAGGUGCUACGCAGGUAUAAAAGCGUGAUUCGGGCACGUCGGAGCUGUCAGUACGUGUAUAACAAUUAGACGAACAAUUUCCUUUAACCGCGAUCCAUCCAUUACAGAUCAUCUCAUUACAGUCUAUCAAAUAAUAUUUAUAACACAUGGGUAUAUAUGCAGGAAAACACUGAUUUGGCAUUGAAAACUUUUAGUAAUAAGUCUACAUUUGAGAAUUUUAGAAAUUUAAAUCUCCUUAACUGUGUCGAUUAAUCUUCUUAAAGAACUUUACUAUUCACAUAAUUUAAAGCUCGAUAACUACGUGAUAAAAAAUUAUAAACUAUUUAAAACGUUUAGAAAUUAAUCUUUUAUAAUAUAAUUAAAAAUUGAUAGGCAUAUGUGAAGAGGGCAUGAAUGUCUCGAUCGGAAACUAUUUUCAAAAUAAUAGCUUGCAAGAAUACAUCGCUUUUUAGAUUGAAAUUUGUAAUAGUGAUGAACAAGCAUGAUACGUAAGAUGAGUCGCUACAACACUUUAAUCGACGAAAUUGUUGUGUUCUCUUUUUGACCCACCCUGGUGUAGGGUGCUCGCGCGGUGUGCUAAGCUGAGUCAGCUCGGGGGUGUUAGUUAGGGUUAUUAUUUCUAGCUUCACGUCUGACGGCAGUCUGUCAGUUAUCGCAAGUCAAUGAAAGUACAAACAGCAUCGUUACCUUCACAGACGUUCGUGAGAACUACCGGGAGAAACUGUAGGCAAGGCACGUUAUUUUUCCUGCAUUCCGUCUUCGGCGAGCAAAAUGAGAAAACGUGAGAAUUUACUAACUACGGUGUGAAUCGACGUGAUCGUUUUUGCGGAAGUUAUGCCGGUUAAGGAACGACUGCUGAAUGGAAACGAAUGGAAUUUUAUGGACCGUCGAGCUGCAUCAGACUGUAGAUCAUAAAGCUGACGCAUGAAGCAGAAGAAGGUAUAUAUCUUCCGAAACGAAAAAAAAACGUGUCGUUGAACAAAUUCAAUAUGUGAUUGUUACAUAAAAAAAUAACUGCGAUGGUGUCCAGCAACGAUCUGUCUGUGUAUUGGUGGUUUGAAAUUCUUUAGACUGUGAGUCGCAACGUGUGCCUAAAUUUAAAUCUUGAACAAAUACAAAAAGUAAGCUUCAGAAAUGGCUGAAUCCGACGUGACGGAAGAGAAGGAGGCCGCUGUGACAAACGCGACAUCCACCUGCGAUAAGCGACAUUGCAAGGAGAUGCGGAAGGAGAAGUUACCCCCAUACCUUCGGGAUAGAGAAAAAAUACUCUACCCACGUAAUACGAGAGCUCUACCAAAAACGCCCGUGAUCGGUGGACAACCCAUCGAGGAAGAAACAUGCAUGACUUUGAGAACGUUGGUCUUUGGUUCCUGCGCGAGUCCGCCUAAAGUCGAAUGGGCAAGGACCGGGCUGACCUUACGACCAUAUGGACAAAGUUUAGCAUUUGGAUUGAGAACGCCCAGGAACACAACAAGAGGCCUCGUCACCGCAGUGCAAGCUGUCAUGCUAAAGCACUUUUUAUUCAAGUGCGACAAGCAAGAUCUACGUGCAAAUUUCGAGACCUUGCUGAAACCUUCAUAUGAUCGACAAAUCGAAGUGUUGACUUCUGCAAUAUCGGAGAUUAUCUGGCGUUGUGCAGGUGGUUUUUCCGUGUCCACAUGUCCAAAUGUGGUCAGCAACAUCGUGCCAAAGGCCAUAGUAGCUCUGCCGCAGGAUACGCCAUAUCUUCAACACAGUGUGCAAUAUUUUCAAGAUGGAUUAACAGAAACGCUGCACCUUUUCGAGUUCAAUUCCUUGGAGGAUCUUGAGAUAUUUGUCAAGAGAUACUUGUACCUGUUUCACGACGAAGGCGGACCUGGUGCGAUGUUACUUUUAUACAGCGCGGUGCUUUCAAGAGGCCUCUCAAAGGUUCGAAACGAUUUGGAAGAUUUAAAGGCAUCGAUCCUCGGUGGAUGCUCGGAAGAAGGCCCAAUCAGUGUUAUUGUCUUCGUUUUAACUGGUCGUGCUUCACCGCAUCUUCACAACGGAGUGCUUCACGUUGGCGAUGAAAAUACAUAUGCUGUACCGCAAUGGGGCGUCCUUAUGAGAAGCGAAGUGGGGUUCUUAGUGCACGAAAGUGACAGCAAUAUAGGCAAACAGCCGGGUUCUCGAUUGAAGACACCCAGUUUACCGAUAUGGGUGACUCUUUGUCUCGGUCACCAUGGCGUGCUCUUCAACACGAAUCGAGAAUUGUUGAGGAAUUAUCACGCAGAACGACGAUUCGAGAUUCAAUAUUUCACCUGCGGUGGCAGUCAUGCUACGUUGACGGUGGAUACCAGGGCAAACGAGACUUCCGGAGGAUCAGAUGCUGCAACAAUGGAAACCGCGGAUAUCGCCGCGACACCAUUAGAGAAGCUUAUUCGAUCCAACGCAGAAUUCAAGGUAUCACCUCUUCCACUUAUUGUUCCACGCUGCACCAAAGGUGGCAGGAUGCUCUAAUACAAUGGAACGGAACGCCGGUGAUGUGAGGGAUACGAAAGGAUGACGACCAGAUCCACUCUUCCGUGCUAAGCCGUGUGUCCGUGAUUCCGUGUAUCCGCGAUGCUAAUCGAUCAGCGCUUAUCGAUCGCUAUGCACGCUUAUCCCAGUAAAGGGGAUUAAUUAAUUAUCGUCAAUAAUAUAAGUCCACGUAGAAAUUAUAUGUGUCGCGAUGUCAGACAUUCCAUGAUUUUAAAUGUGAUAAAAUUCUUCUGACGCUUUCUUAGAUGGUACAUCAGGCAUUUGUACGAUGGCCAAGAAGCUUUGUUAUUUCGUGAAAUAUUUGUCAAUAAAUGGCUGUGUUAAUGAAUUUAUUAUCUCAUAUAAACUGUGUAUUGUAAGAAAAGAAUACAUUGUGUAAUUGUUACGUUUAACAUCAUAUUUGUCUACAAUAAAUACUUUGCUUCUUUU